UCCAUCUGGGGCUCUUCUCCGGCGAAACUAAACCUAGUGGCUGCUGUCAUGGGAAGGGUUGUUUUUUUAACGUUGUUUCUGUGUUUUCUCUGCAAUCUUGGAACGAGCACAGACAUUCUAAGACCCGGCGAUGUUAUUACUCCAAACACUACGUUAGUUUCCCCAAACGGGAACUUCGCGUUAGGCUUUUUCCGGCCCGGAAACUCAUCUUCUUUGUUUCUGGGAAUAUGGUACAACAACCUCAAAGACAGUGUGAUUUGGGUAGCCAACAGAGAAUCUCCGCUACACGACCAAGAUUCCCACCCCCGUUUCACAAUCGGCGAUGACGGGAAUCUGCGGCUUCUCGACGGCGUAAGAAACCCCAAAUGGUCGACAAACGUGUCCGGUCCCCCCGGAAAUUACGCGGCGGAGGCGCAACUGAAAGACACCGGGAAUUUUAUUCUGAAGCAGGGGAAUUCCACGGUUUGGGAGAGCUUCGAUGACGGCGGGGAUACAUUGAUGCCGGAGAUGAGACUUAAGGUAAACAUGAGAACCGGAGAACGGAAUAUUCUCAGGUCGUGGACUAGCAUUGAUGAUCCCCGGCCAGGGAAAUUCUCGUUUGGGAUGGAUCCUAAUGGGGCCCCACAAAUCUUCAUUUGGAAACAAAACAACAAUAAUACUAAUACUAAUAACAAUAAUAUUCCUUAUUAUAGGACCAAUAUGUUUGAGUAUGGCUAUUCUCUAUCCUGGUACAUUCCCAGGCAGGGAUAUUCCGUUUAUUUAUCUUUUGCAGCACGAGAUGAUGAAUUUUACUUCAGCUACACCUAUCGCGACGCCUCGGUCCCAUUACGGUUCUUCUUGAGCCACGACGGGUAUAUUAAAGUUCUGUCAAAGCCAGAGAACAGUGAAAAAUGGCAGAAUAGGUUGCAGUUUCCAGACCCAACUAAGUGUGAAAUGUAUGGGAGUUGUGGUUCGUUUGGGAGCUGUAAGAAAACCGGUUCCAAUUCGGUUUGUAGUUGCUUGGAGGGGUUUAAACCGAAAUCGGGCAAGGAUUGGGAGAAUGGGAAUUAUAGUGGAGGGUGUGUGAGGAGAAUAGGAUUGGAAUGCAAUGAAAAUGACAAGUUCAUGAGGUUUGAGUGGAUGAAAUUGCCUGACCAUCCAGUUUCAUUGGGAAAUAAUAGUAAUAUGACAUUUAGUGAAUGUGAAGCUCAGUGUUAUAGUAACUGCUCUUGCAGUGCAUUUGCUUACAACAAUAUGAGCGACAUAGCCAAGUGUCUCAACUGGUUUGGUGACUUGGUUGAUUUGGCUCAUAACAAUUCAGCUGCCCUUAGGGAUCUCCAUGUUCGAGUUCAUGCCUCUGAGCUAAAUGGAAUUGGUGGAAUUGGAAAUUCUGCACACAAAAGCAUUAGUCCUUUACAAGUUGCAAUAAUGGUUUCUUUGGUCUCUGCAGUCUCUCUUGUUGUUAUUAGUGUUUUGGGUUAUAUCCUCAAACGGAGAUACUAUAGAAAAAAAGGUGAGAAGUCUAUAGCAACAGCCAGCCAAAAGUCAAAUGCAUUAUCCCCCCUUGGAAAUGGAGAUGUAGAAUUGCUACAACUCAGUUUGGAGAGAAUAUUAGAUGCUACAGACAACUUCAAUGAAGCAAACAAACUUGGAGAGGGUGGAUUCGGUCCUGUGUUUAAGGGAUUUUUAUACGAAUUUGGGAUGGUAGCCAUUAAAAGGCUAUGUAAGCAAUCGUCACAGGGCUUAGAGGAGUUCAUGAAUGAGCUAAAGCUAAUUGCAAAACUACAGCAUAAGAAUCUUGUCAGCCUUUUGGGUUGUUGCAUUGAGGAUGAUGAAAAAAUACUAAUUUAUGAGUACAUGCCAAAUCGAAGUUUGGACAAGCUCUUAUUUGGUGAGAAAGAUAAUUUAGAUUGGAACACACGCUUUCAAAUAAUUGAAGGAGUUGCUCAAGGAAUUCUUUAUCUUCACAAGUACUCGAGACUAAAAGUUAUUCACAGAGAUUUAAAAGCAAGCAACAUUUUACUUGACGAAACAAUGAAACCAAAAAUAUCAGAUUUUGGGUUGGCAAGAAUAUUUGGGCUUGAUCAAACGCAAGCAGAAACAAAUCGUGUAGUUGGAACAUAUGGUUACAUUUCACCGGAAUACGUAUUGCACGGACAAUUUUCAGAAAAAUCUGAUGUAUACAGCUUUGGAGUUCUAUUGUUAGAAAUUAUUAAUGGCAAGAAGAAUUCAGAUUUCAUUCACUCUCAACUUUCGGUCUCCCUCAUCGGAUGGGCAUGGAAAAAUUGGAAAGAGGGACGACCACAUGAAUUUGUUGAUCUGGCAAUAAUGAGAUCAUCAUGCGACGCUCUCAAGGUCAUAAGGUGCAUUGAGGUGGGCCUUUUAUGCGUUCAAGCAAUCCCAACAGAUAGGCCAACUAUGUUUGAUGUAGUUCUCAUGUUGAGCAACCCUACAUUAUCAAUUCCACCACUUAAAGAGCCAGCUUUUGUGACUACCAACCAUUCCAAUGCCAUUGUUUCUAUGUGUUACACAAAAGCAAGUGAUUAUUAUUCCAAAAAUGAGGUUACAAUUAGUGAUAUUAUUGAACCCCGUUAAAUGAUCUCAUAGGGGAUGUAUUCAAUCAAGACUUUUAAAGAUUUUCAAAAACUUUUAAAGUGAUAGAUUUUAAUUGA